UGUCGAAAGUGGCGAAAGUAAAGAGAGUGUCUUAAGUAAAGAGAGUAUCGAAAGUAAAGAGAGUAUCGAAAGUAAAGAGAGUAUAGAUAGUGUCGAAAGUGAAGAAAGUGUAGAGAGUAUCGAAAGUGAAGAAAGUAUCGAAAGUGAAGAAAGUGAAGAAAGUGAAGAAAGUGUUGAAAGUGAAGAAAGUGUCGAAAGUGAAGAAAGUGUCGAAAGUGAAGAAAGUGUCGAAAGUGAAGAAA